AAAAACCAAUAGUUGUAUGUGAUAAAGAUUAUCUGACAUAGAUUUAUAUUCACCUCUCAGUUGUAGUCAAAACAAAAACAAGAGUAAUCCAUGGGUUUGUCAAGUGAGAGAAUACUAAUUCUUUUUGUUCUAAUUCUUGAUAUGUGUUUGUGCCAAAUAACAUCACGAACUCUAAGUGAUGCAUACAUAUCAGAAAAGCAUGAUCUAUGGAUGACUCAAUAUGGUCGUGUAUACAAAACUAGUGCAGAGAGGGAAAUGCGCCUUGACAUAUUCAAGAAAAACGUCGAAUUCAUAGAAUCAUUUAACUCCUUUGGAAAUCGAUCUUACACGCUGGCUGUCAACCAAUUUGCGGACCUAAAGAAGGAUGAAUUCAAGGCCUAUUUUCAUGGGCACACGGAUCCAUUGGGUUUGAAUUUGCCUCUAUUAACAUCUUUUAAAUAUGAAAAUGUGAGUGAAGUGCCACUUAAAUUGGACUGGAGGAAGGAAGGAGCUGUUACAGGAGUCAAGGGUCAAGGCGCAUGUGGGAGUUGUUGGGCUUUUGCUGCAAUUGCUGCUGUGGAAGGAAUUACUCAACUUACAACAGGCAAAUUGUUGUCACUAUCUGAGCAACAACUUGUGGAUUGUAACAGAAAUGGAAGUGGAGGUUGUCUAGGAGGAUAUAAAGAAAAUGCCUUUGAUUACAUUGCGAAAACUGGUAUAAAUACCGAAAAUGGUUACCCUUACCUUGCAACAGAUGGAAUUUGCAACACCGUUAACCAGGCAGUCCAGGCAGCCACUAUCACUGGUUACGAAAUGGUACCAGCCAACAAUGAAACAACAUUGUUGAUGGCUGUGUCCAAACAGCCGGUAUCAGUUUCCAUAGAUCCAACUUGUUUUGAAUUCGGGUACUACUCGAGUGGUGUUUUAACGGGACAUUGUGGAACAAAUUUAACGCAUGAUGUCACAGUAGUCGGGUAUGGAACACAUGAUGGCAUAAAGUAUUGGUUAGUGAAGAAUUCAUGGGGCCCUGAGUGGGGUCAUAAUGGAUAUGUAAAGAUUCAGCGCGAUGCGGAUGUUGCAGAAGGACUGUGUGGAAUUGCCAUGCGAGCCUCUUACCCGAUAGCCUAA